CAAACAGGAGGAAGCAGUCUUGACUUGCUGAAAGCGUAGACGAAUCCAAUCCGGAAGCCAACGGCAGACCAGAUUCAGCAGUCUCGACAUCCAGUCGUGCUUCUCUCUCUGACAUCCAGAGUAAGUGAGUUUCGUCCCAACCGACACUUCUCCAGGGCUUGAGCUCCUUCGACCAGGAUUCCGAAAGCCACAAGCUUCUCUUCUGCAGGACCGAGAACGCAUCGACAAUGUCGUACCCAACGCACGAGCGUGAUUUGGAAAAGGCAUCUCGAUUGGAAGACAUCCUGUCCAGACCCAUGCACACCAAAUCUGUGGUUGCGAACCCUGCUCCUCUGGGGCUCAUGGGAUUCGCCUUGACAACGUUUGUGCUGUCUUGCCACAACGCUGGAGUGAUUAUUCCACAGAGUGCACCUCAUACUGUCGUCACUGGUUUGGCUGCUGGUUACGGUGGAUUGGCGCAACUUCUCGCUGGAAUGUGGGAGUUUUCCGCUGGUAACACAUUUGGAGCCACUGCAUUCUCAUCAUAUGGCGCAUUCUGGCUUUCGUUCGCUGUGAUUCAGAUUCCGGCCUUUGGUGUUCGUGCUGCCUUUUUGGCGAGUGAGUCUCUUGUGGACUACAAUGAAGCUCUGGGGCUUUGGCUGCUGGGUUGGACCAUCUUCACCUUCAUGAUGUGGUUGGCCACUCUACGAACGAACGUGUGCCUCACGACACUCUUCUUCUCGCUGUCCAUCACCUUCCUUCUGCUGACCAUCGGUGAAUUCAAACUAGACAAAGACAUAACGAAGGCUGGUGGCAUCUUCGGAAUCAUUACAGCUUUCAUUGCAUGGUACUUGGCUCUGGCUCAGAUCGUCAACAAGCAGAACUCAUUCUUCGAGCUACCAAUCGGAGCGAUGCCCAGUAAAGACCACAAGUAGUUCAGUUCAGUCGACAAGCAGACUAGAUGUCAGAUACGAAUGUAAAAUGUGUAAAUUUUCGAAACAGAUUUUGUAGAUAACAUGAUUAGAGCAUUUGCUAAUCAUACUUCUCAUAGAAGCAGAUCAGAUCAUUUGGCAGUGCAGUAUGUAAUUGUUCAGUAGAAAUUCGAGCUUGCUCAAUGAGAUGAGGGCUUCUUGCGAACAAGUGAGUACAGUUUCUUUAUCAGGAAGCAAGUGGAUCUGGCGGAUUCUUGUACUUCGUUUAGACAACGGCUUGUCAAUCUUUGAGGAGAAAUUUCCCCGUUUCAAAGUUUGCCAAAUCGUACUCCAAAUGACUGUACCAAUUUCGUUUUGGCAAAGAAAGAAGAAAUCCGAAGGAUAUUGA